AUGUCUGGAACGGCCGCUGCAGUUUCCUCCGCCGAUCCUUUGGCAUCGCCUGCUGGUAAUAGCGGAUGGGAGUAUGCUGUGCCGAUAGGACCAGAGCAUGUCAUCGACACCGCAUCGCCCAGGCGCGGGUCUAACGAGUCUGGCAAUACCUACAUCAAAUCCAGCUAUCGCCACCGAACACCCAACGGCCUCCCGCGAUCCCGCAACUCGUCGCAGCCUGGUUCGAGAAGAGGCAGUAACACACACGACUCGCAUGGCCGGGAUAUAGGAUCGGCUGCAAGUAGGGAACUGGGGGAUGUGCAAAAUGAAAGACAAUCCCGAAAAAGCGACAGGCCUAGCAAGGAGAACCAACUCGAUGACAAUUGGAUUCAUCGUGACAAGCUGGCACGCAUUGAAAGCGAAGAGCUGCAGCAAGCCGCCAUACGUAUCCAUCGACAAGUCCGUACCGGAAGUAAAUCAAGCAGUAUGCAUGGCCGAAGCCACGAUUCACAUAGUCUCAACGGUAACGUCACCACGCCUCCAGAUCAGACCACAGAGUCGUGGCCAGGCGUACAAAGAAACCAACUUGAAUCGCCCAUCCCAUUCGAAAAUGAAGAUGAACAGAAUAUUGAAUCUGAGCGAAUGAACUGGGACUUGCGUCGUCCAGAAGAAAUCGCUACUACUUCUCCUGCAAACAGUGACACCAGCAGGUUCUACAAAAGCCCCGGUCUCAAAAAGAGCUCAUCUCGAAUUCCCGUCUUAGCAGCUAGUCCGCAGCCCGUCAUUGACUACCCAGAACACUCGCCUGUCCCUGUCGAUAAUACCACACCUCCAACGUCGUCUAGUCGGCCUGGUAGCCGAAGCGGCCCGCAAGGACAGGCAUCUCCGACAAGAAAACCGGCUGCUAAAAGCACACCGACGACUCGAAAGUCAUCCGCUCCACCCAACAACCGAAAGGCAUCAACGAGUGCCACCAAGUCGCGAACUGUCUCAGCAAGUACCGCGAACAAGGAGCGACCGGUAACACGAUCUGGGGAAACACGUCCAUCGACAGCCGUCAACCGCCCUGAAGGCGAUCCUCCUUGGCUCGCUACUAUGUACAAACCGGAUCCUCGACUCCCUCCUGAUCAACAAAUUUUACCGACUCACGCAAAGAAACUGCAACAAGAACAAUGGGAAAGAGAAGGGAAGACUCCAUCUGCUUACGAUCGUGAAUUUGCGCCACUGGCUAUCCGAGCGGACGAUCCCCCGAGGCCGGCCGCAGAAGAAAAGACUGCAUCGCCUGAUUCUACUACUGGCAAUGCCGGUGCUUCCCCUGCAUGGCCACUCCAGUCCUCGAGAAGCCCUGAACCCGCGCGUCCCGGUACGAGCGGUACAAACUAUAGCACUAUGCCUAAACUCCAGACCCCGCCACCAGUCCUUUUCUCCGUGUCUCAAAAAGUGCAACCGAACUUACCCCCACCGCCCGAAGAGCCCGAGAAGGUAGACAAGGGCUGUGGUUGCUGUGUGGUGAUGUGA